AAUAAGCCUUGCACUGGGCGGGGCUCAGGGCCCACCGCAUGCUGCGUAGCGCGGGUGAUUUAAAACCCGGCAGCCUGCGCCUGGGACCCGACCGGAUGCUCCUUGGCGUCGCCUCGGGUCUCCGGACUCCUCUGAUUGGACGUGGUUGCGUUCGGCCGCCCAAUGGCGAGGAGGUGCGCGGCUUCCCGGAAGUGGCGGCGUGGUCAGGGCUGGCCUGGGCUUCAGCUGCAGUUUUGGGGUCCGGGACGUUGGGAUCGGCGGCGAUAUGAGUUCCUUCGAGGGGCAAAUGGCCGAGUAUCCAACUAUCUCCAUAGACCGUUUCGACAGGGAGAACCUUAGGGCCCGCGCCUACUUCCUGUCCCACUGCCACAAGGAUCACAUGAAAGGAUUAAGAGCCCCUACCUUGAAAAGAAGGUUGGAGUGCAGCUUGAAGGUUUAUCUAUACUGUUCACCUGUGACUAAGGAGUUGUUGUUAACUAGCCCGAAAUACAGAUUUUGGGAGAAACGAAUUAUAUCUAUUGAAAUCGAGACUCCUACCCAGAUAUCUUUAGUGGAUGAAGCAUCAGGAGAGAAGGAAGAGAUUGUCGUGACUCUCUUACCAGCUGGUCACUGCCCGGGAUCAGUUAUGUUUUUAUUUCAGGGCAAUAAUGGAACUGUCUUGUACACGGGAGACUUCAGAUUGGCACAAGGAGAAGUUGCUAGAAUGGAGCUUCUGCACUCGGGGGGCAGAGUCAAAGACAUCCAAAGUGUAUAUUUAGAUACUACUUUCUGCGAUCCGAGAUUUUACCAAAUUCCAAGUCGGGAGGAGUGUUUAAGUGGAAUCUUAGAGCUGGUUCGAAGCUGGAUCACUCGGAGCCCGUACCAUGUUGUGUGGUUGAACUGCAAAGCGGCUUAUGGCUAUGAAUAUUUGUUCACCAACCUUAGUGAAGAAUUAGGAGUCCAGGUUCACAUGAAUAAGCUAGACAUGUUUAGGAACAUGCCUGACAUCCUUCAUCACCUCACAACGGACCGCAACACUCAGAUCCAUGCAUGCCGGCAUCCCAAGGCAGAGGAGUAUUUUGAGUGGAGCAAAUUACCCUGUGGAAUUACUUCCAGAAAUAGAAUUCCACUCCACAUAAUCAGUAUUAAGCCAUCCACCAUGUGGUUUGGAGAAAGAAGCAGAAAAACAAAUGUAAUUGUGAGGACUGGAGAGAGUUCAUACAGAGCUUGUUUUUCUUUUCACUCCUCCUACAGUGAGAUUAAAGAUUUCUUGAGCUACGUCUGUCCUGUGAACGCAUAUCCAAAUGUCAUUCCAGUUGGCACAACUAUGGAUAAAGUUGUCGAAAUCUUAAAGCCUUUAUGCCGGUCUUCCCAAAGUAUGGAGCCAAAGUAUAAACCACUGGGAAAACUGAAGAGAGCUAGAACAAUCCACCGAGACUCAGAGGAGGAAGAUGACUAUCUCUUUGAUGAUCCUCUGCCAAUACCUUUAAGGCACAAACUUCCAUACCAGGAAACUUUUCAACCUGAGGUAUUUUCAAUGACUGCAGUAUCAGAAAAGCAGCCCGAAAAACUGAGACAAACUCCAGGAUGCUGCAGAACAGAGAGUACGCAGAGCUCUCAUUUCACAAACUUUGUAGAUUGUGAAGAAUCCAACAGUGAAAGUGAAGAAGAAUUAGGAAUCCCAGCUUCACUGCAAGGAGAUCUGGGCUCUGUACUUCACCAGCAAAAGGCUGAUGGGGAUGUACCCCAGUGGGAAGUAUUCUUUAAAAGAAAUGAUGAAAUCACAGAUGAGAACUUGGAAAACUUCCCUUCCUCCAUAGAGGCAGGGGGAUCUCAGUCACCGAAGCUUUUCAGUGACUCUGAUGGAGAAUCAACUCACAUCUCCUCCCAGAAUUCUUCCCAGUCAACACACAUAACAGAACAAGGAAGUCAAGGCUGGGACAGCCAAUCUGAUACUGUUUUGUUAUCCUCCCAAGAGAGAAACAGUGGGGAUAUUACUUCCUUGGGCAAAGGUGACUACAGACCAACAAUCAAAGAGAAUAUUCCUUCCUCUCUAAUGGAACAAAAUGUAAUUUGCCCAAAGGAUACUUGUUCUGAUUUGAAAAGCAGAGUUCAAGAUGUAACAACAGUUCCUAGUACUAGAGAACCAAUUACUCUAAGCAGUGAGAAACAUAUACCUGAGGAAAAAAGUUUGCUAAAUCUUAGCACAAAUGUGGAUUCCCAGAGCUCUUCUGAUUUUGAAGUUCCCUCAACUCCAGAAGCUGAGUUACCUAAACGAGAGGAUUUACAAUAUUUAUAUGAGAAGCUGGCAACUGGUGAGAGUGUAGCAGUCAAAAAAAGAAAAUGCUCACUCUUAGAUAUCUAAGAAUUCAAAGUGCUUCAACCUAGAGCAACCACUAAAAAACCUGCAGAGAGAUGACAGUCAAUAUUACAAUAGAGAAAAUAUUAUACUUAAAAAUGUUCAAAUAACCUGGUUUGGUGUGGUGGCUCACACCUGUAAUCCCAGCACUUUGAGGUGGGCAAUCGCUUGAGCUCAGGAGUUCGAGACCAGCCUGGCCAACAGUGAGAUGUGUCUCUACUUACAAAAAAAAAAAAAAAAAAAGCCAGGCGUGAUGGUGGGCCACUCUGGAGGCUGAGGUGAGAGGAUCACUUGAGCCCAGGAGAUUGAGGAUGCAGUGAACCGUGACUGUGCCACUGUACCUCCAGUCGACUGGGUGACAGAGCAAGACCCUGUUGGGGGAAAAAAAAAAACGCAAGGCACAGUGGCUCAUGCCUGUAAUCUCAGCUUCUCAGGAGGCUCAGGCAGGAGAAUCACUUGAACACAGGAGGUGGUGGUUCAGUGAGCUGAGAUUGUGCCAUUGCACUCCAGGCUAGGCAACAAGAGCAAAACUCUAUCUCAAAAAAAAAAAAAAAAAAAAAAAAAAAAAAUGGUAGAACUAAACCCAUACAUCUCAAUGAUUAUACUAAAUGUAAAUGGUCUAAGCACAUCAAUGACAAGAGACAUGGGGAAGAAAACCAACAUAACCCGAUGAUCUGCUGUCUAUAAAGAAAGUCAAUUCAAGUGAUAGAUAGGUUAAAAGGAUGGAAAAAAAAAAACCAUGUACACGAUUAAAGAUGGAGUCGUUAUACAGACAGUUUCCUAAUGAUAAAAGGUCUAGUUCACCAAGAAGACAAAAUAAUCCUAAAUGUAUAUGCACCUAACAGCUCCAAAAAUUUAUGAAGCUAAAACAGCUGAAAAGAGACAAACUAAUGCACAAUUACAGUUAGGGAUUAACAUCCCUCCUUAGAACUAGUAUAUAUACAUUAAUCAGUAAGAAUAUAGAACUGAAAAUCAUAAGCUGACUGGAUUAAAUUGACAUUUAUAGAACACUCCACCCCAAAACAGCAGAAUAUAUCUCCUGAAGUAUACAUGGAACAUUCAGCAUGAUAGAUCAUAUCUUUGAUCAUAAACAUGCUUGAUUUAAAUUGACAAACUUGGAUCUAUUACGAUAAACUGAUGGCUGUAGACAAAAUCAGCACCUUAUUUAUCCCCAAAGAUAUUAAACCACUUAACCUUGAUGUGACUAUGGUGGCAAAAUUAGAAGUGGACAAUUAGGAUAUAAAAGAAAAUGCUCAAGAAUUAAAUGGCAGCCAGGCACAGUAACUCAUACCUGCAAUCCCAGUACUUUGGGAGGCUCAGGGCAAUCGCUUGAGCUCAGGGUUUUUAGUCCAGCCUGGGCAACACAGGGAGACCCUGUCUCUACAAAAUGUUAGCCAGGCAUGGUGGUAAGCACCUGCAGUCCUAGCUAUUUGAAAGGCUUAGGUGGCAGCAUAGAUUGAGCCCAGGAGGUUGAAACUGCAGUGAGCUGAUUGUGCCCAGCCUGGGCAACAAAGCAAGCCCCCAUCUCCAGAAAAAUAAAUAAAAAAACCUCUGUGUUAUUCAUUCUCAAAAUCCAUCAAUGUGUUAGGCCUUUAUGUUACGCAUGAGGAUUUUUAACAAGUUUUAACAAAUAUUCAUGAACACUUUGUUAUUCUGACAUUUCACAGAUUAUGGAAGCAAAAGCAGAGACAUCACUUAAAACAAUUUGCAGGCCAGUUAAACACUUGAUUAUCAUGAUGCUGCAUGGCAAUCAGACCAAAAAGUAUUGGAUCCACCUGACUAAUUAGGGUAACAAGACUCAGAGUAUCGACGUAACCAUACACACUUGUAUAUAUUCGCUGAUAACUAAAACAGUUUUAACAGUGUACCUUGUGAUCCAAAGUGGGUGUUCAAAAAAUGCCUAUAAACAUUCCUCUGAGUAUAUUCCUGGUAUUUUAUAAUCACAUUAAUAUUAUAUACUGUUACAUUUAUGUGAGAGUCUGCCAUUAUAAAUGCUGGCUGAAUGAAUUGGGCUAAGGGCUAAGACAACUACAAGAGACGUGAUCAAGAAACAGAGUGAUUACCAGAAAUCGUAUUUGGUGCUCACUCUGAUCAUGCUCGUAAGUUUUUUACAGACUAUAUAUGAACUCCUUUAAUUUUCACAACCUCCCUUUGAGGUAGAUACAUUUCUAAUCCCCAUGUACAAAUGAGGAGACAAAGGCACAGAGGUUAGGUCACAUAGCUAUGAGGCACAGGCAGAAUUCAAACACAGGCAGUUUGGCUUCAGAGACCAUGCUCUUAACUGCUAUGUUCUGAUGUCUCUCCAAAAGAGUAUAAACAUGGGCAGGGUUAAUUGUAGCAGCUACUUGGUUUUUACUUCAAGAAUCAUAAAUUACAAGAGGAAACAUGAAGUUUUCAUUUUUUGAGAUGGAGUCUCGCUCUGUCACUCAGGCUGGAGUGCAGUGGCCCUAUCAGCUCACUGCAACCUCAGCCUCCCAGGUUCAAGUGAUUUUCCUGCCUCAGCCUCCCAAGUAGCGGGGAUUACAGAUGCGUGCCACCACACCUGGCUAAUUUUUGUAUUUUCAGUAGAGACAGGGUUUCACCAUAUUGGUCAGAUUGGUUUUGAACUCCUGACCUCUGGUGAUCCACCCGCCUCAGCCUCCCGAAGUGCUGGGAUUACAGGUGUGAGCUACCAUGUCCAGCUGAAACAUGAAGUUUCAAAAUGCCAAAAUAUAUCACAGAAGACACUCAGCAGCCAGCCACAUUUAUCUUGGAGAGGAGUUCCAGGACUUAAAUGUUUAAAGAGUAUAAACUAAUUUUUUUAAAAGACUGCCUGAAGCUGAAGAUUAAAUACUUUAAAAAGUUCACUGGGUGAUCUUAGCAUGUUGACAUUAUCUUACCAGUCUAAGUUUGUUACCUUACACCAACCUGACAGGUUCAUUAGAAGCACAUGAAUACAUAUAAAAGGCAUAAAAGACUUGGUUAACGAAUAUCAGCUCUGAGUUCCAAAAUUCCUUUGCAUUUCCAGGCAGUACUUACCGUAGUAUGUUUACGCACCUGGUGAGUGAUAAUGCUCAAAAACUUCUGAAGUAUUCAUCCACAUUAUGCUAGCGAAAUGUCAAAUUGUCCUUUAAUACUCAAAUGCAUGAACCAUAACUCCUUGGCCUUUUGGCCAAGAUCAAGUGUAGUAUCAAAUCCUGAUAAGCUAUCUUAAAAGGAAAGUAACAUUUCAAGGAAUUGAAUAUAAAUCUUUGGUUAAUUUUGUUAGCACACAGUGAGGAAUACAUCAGUAUUUCUCUGCCCCUUUUAUAGUCUUACUGGAAAUGACUGUAAAACAGAAACAAAGCUAAGCCAUGGUAAAUAGAACAUUAAAUGCCCAACCUAAUUUAUUUUGCUAAGAGAAAUUGAUGAACUAAAAGAGAAACAAGUAUUGUCUACAUUUUAGAUAUGGGGGAAAAAACCCUGAGAUUAUUAAUUAUGUAUCACAAUACUCUUAUGUAGGUCCUGAAAAUGAUGGUAUCAAUAUAAUAUGUAGAGUGGAUUUAUGUUUUAAACUGGAUUACCUUUGAUAGUUGUCUUACACUGAAAAAUUCUGACGUCUUCAGGAAACCAAUGAUGAAUAGCUAAAUGUUGACUUAAAAUAGUUAAACCCCUUAAUAACAUCCUUUAGUUUCUAUUAUUUCACUGCUUAAGUUCAGCAUCUGAAUAAAAAAGGUAACAUAAGUAGUACUUAAGAUCCCAAAGGCCCAUUACAUUCUAUUAAUAAAGACAAAACAAAACUACA